GUUUCCCUCGCUCUGGAACGGCGAUUCUCCCGCGUGAAAGGAGUGCCGUCGUGUUUCAGUCUCCAGACGUAUGCUGGAGAGAUGGGGGAAGACGCGGGGGACACGGGAGGCCACGAGUUGGCUUCCCUCAAGCACUCCAUCGACGAUCUGUACCUCCACACCAUGUCCAUCAUCAUCUUCUUCAUGCAAGCGGGUUUCGCAUUCAUGGAAGCCGGCGCCGUCAGAUCCAAGAACACGGUGAACAUCCUCAUCAAGAAUCUCCUCGACAUGUGUAAGUCUGCUUUCCUUUCUUCAUGCAAGGAGGUCUCUUCGUCUCUGGGCGGAAUCGCGUACUGGCUGAUCGGAUUUCCUCUGGCCUUCGGUAGCGACGGGAACUUUUUCCUCAGCUACAACUUCUGGGCCAACAACAACUUACCCGUAAAGGAGUACGGUCACUGGUUCUUCGACUUCGUCCAUGCCGCCACCGCCUCCACCCUCGUCUGUGGCUCCAUGGCAGAGAGAUGCAAUUUCUAUGCUUAUCUCGUCUAUACUUUCGUCAUCACAGGGUUCAUCUACCCAGUGGCUUCCCAUUGGACGUGGCACCCGGAGGGAUGGUUAAAGAGGACGGCAUUCAAGGAUUACGCCGGGGGAGGCGUGGUGCACAUGCUGGGUGGCAUGUGCGCCCUUGUCGGUACUGUCCUCAUGGGUCCUCGCAUCGGACGGUUCCAUAAGAAGACCGGCGAACCACAUGACAUUCGAGGCCAUUCCGUCCCCUUGGCGGCCCUGGGCGGAUUCAUCCUGUUGUUCGGCUUGCUGGCAUUCAACGCCGGGUUCCGGGGUCACAUCAGUCAGUCGGGUGACGGUGAAGUCAUCAGCCGGGCCAUAGUGAAUGCCCUCCUAGGCGCAUGCGGAGGCGGAGUCGGGGCUCUGGUCAUCCACCACGCUGGGACCUUCGGGCCUACCAACGCCUGGAGCUUCCUCAUGACGCUCAACGGUGCCCUCGCUGGACUUGUGGGCGUGUGCGCGGGGAGCGACGUCUUCCCUUCAUGGGCGGCCCUCGUCGUCGGCGUGGGGGCCGGAUUCACCUUCCUCUGCCUUCACUUCCUCCUCCUCAGGCUCAAAGUUUAUUUGUCCGGGAAUGCGAACGUGGGUGCAGUCGAUGACCCUCUGGACGCGUUCCCUGUUCACUUUGGGGGCGGACUCUUCGGGAUCGUCGCCGUCGCCUUCUUCAUGGAAGGCGGCAUCGUCUUCAAUCCCUCCAGGAACUCUGCCGCGGUGUUGGAAUGGAACCUGGUAGGAGCAUUGGCCAUCUCCGGCUGGUCAGCCUCUCUCUGCCUCGCCCUCUUCGGAAUCCUCAAGAAACUCGGGAUCCUCCGCGUCUCGAGGGAAAUGGAAAUCCAAGGGAUGGACCUGAUGAAGCACGCCGAGCCGGCUUAUCCGAGCACCGCUUGGGAGGAUUGCGAUCCUGGACCAUACGGCCCAUCCAACAUGGCGGGCAAUCUCUUGUCCAUCAUGGCCAGCACCGGAUCGGCAGUGGAACUUACGACCCGAAUGCAGGGUCCCUUCUCCUCGCGGUCCCGCUCAGGCUCGGUGUGCGUGGUCAACGACCGCAGCUCGAGCAGCCCGGCCUUGCUCUCCCCAGACGACCUGCCCUACCCCGGCGACCUGCCCUCCUCCGGAGACCGCCCCUCGAAGUCGCCGGAUGCCUCCGGGAUCGUGAAGGUGCGCCGUUCCAUCUCGUCCAUCACGCUGACGAUCGAGAAGGACGCGACCUGCAAUCACAUGUGACACUUUUCCCGUCGCAUGUGACGCUUUUACCGUCGCAUCUGGAACUCUUCGUUGCGACUUUUCAUUUUCUUCUCUCCGCUUCAGAGGACUGUUUCAUUCUUUCCUUCCCCUCCGAGACAAAGGAACGGUGACACCGACCGAGGUAAACAUCCUCGUGCCAGUCGAAACAUCCUCGUGCCAGUCCAAACACUCUCGUGCACGGUCGAAACACCGGACCCCCUCGGAAACGGCGAGAAAUCGUGCGGACCCCCCUCGACGACCCAUCGCAUCGA